UAUUUCAUGUGCACGGCAAUUUUUUUUACACAUGUCUCUUUAUUACAACAUUUUUAUUCGUUUUUUUUUUAUUGUGUAGAUAAUACUUUUUUGUGCACAAGUAAUUCGUAGAUACAGUAUUUAAUACAAUUGAUACAUAUAAUACAAAGCAAUGAAAGCUGAUAUCCUUCAACCAGUAUCACAAAGCAAACAAUGAAUAUAAUCUCUAUAUUGGAUUGAGUAAACAAAUGGGUGACUGGACAGAUUAUUAACAUGUUUGAUAAAAAGAGCCUUUUUGUAGAUUAAAAAAGAUUAAAAAUCCAGAUAAUACAAUGCUUAAUGAUUGACACCACCAUAAAUAUACAAUCUUAUCUAUGUCCAUUAGUGUGAAGAGGAUAGUUCAGUUCUUGUCCGACAUUUCCGUUUGUUUAACAACAUCCUUUAUUUAUAAAGUUUUGUGUCAGUCUAUUUUGGUGCAGUUGUUUUUUUUAAAAAGCUUAUUUAAUCUGUGUUAGCAGUAGCAUAGUUAAGUGUUAUACAAUGAAAAAGAAAAUAUAUAUAACCAGACUUCCGAAACAGUCGUGCGGCAUCUGCACGAUGUUUCCGUCGUGUAUGUCGCUGUUGCCGAGGAGGAACGAGCCGAGGCCGCCGAGGCCGGGGCAGGCGCCGGUCGUUCUCAAUGUAUACGAUAUGUAUUGGACGAAUUGGUACACCGCGGGCGCGGGAGUGGGCGUCUUCCACAGCGGUGUACAAGUGCACAGCUCGGAGUGGGCGUACGGAGGACAUCCGUACGCUUUCACGGGCGUGUUCGAGAUCACGCCGAGGGACGAGAGAGAGCUCGGGGAACAAUUUCGGUUCAGGCAAAGUGUACACAUAGGAUACACGGAUUUCAGCGAAGAGGAAGUCAGACGUCUUGUCACAGAAUUAGGCAAACAAUUCCGCGGUGACAGAUACCAUUUAAUGAAUAACAAUUGUAACCACUUCACGUCCGCUUUCUGUUUGGCGUUAUGCGACCGAGACAUCCCGGCGUGGGUGAACCGUCUCGCGUACGUCAGCUCCUGUGUCCCCUUCCUUCAGCGCUGCUUGCCAAAGGAGUGGCUGACGCCGACCGCGCUGCAGCACUCGCUGGCGGCGCACUCGCGCUCCUCCUCGCCCACCACGCCCUCCCCCACCACGCCGCAAUAGCGCUACGAGAAUCUGCGGCGAUGCAGAUGCAAGACAUAACGUGUUGUGCGUAAUAUUUAGAUUUAAUACUAGUUGACACUCCAUUUGGCGCAUUGUCGAAAGUAGUUCUUAAGUAAGAAGUGUUGCCAGAUUGAAUAUAAUGUAAUAUGUAACAACGAACACCAAUUAAACAAUAAAUUGAUCUUCCAAAAUUAAAGCGAAAAAUGAACAGUUAUUCGAAUGAUAAAAAAUAAGUCAUUUUUAUAUAAUAAGCCUGUUAUAUCACGAUGCCAUAUAAUUAUAUUAAAUUAUAACGCAAUAAAUAAUAUUAAAAAUCUUUAAUAAUUAAAAUUUUAAAUAAUGUAAUUACUUUUUCUUUUACAGAGAUGUUGAAAUUAUUUUAAAAAUUUCGUCAUAACUAAAGUUACACGUAAAAAAAACCGGUCUGAUUGUAUAAAGGCAACACUGCAAAGUUUCAAGGAGUCGAAGUGAAUACGUUCCAAAUUUAAAUCGCCAAAGGAUCGUUUUCUUAAUUGUGUAUUGUUUUUUGGUCUACUGGCAAACAACUGCAUCGAGACUGACGUGAGAAGUGGGGGCCACGUGAGGGCUCGGUGACAAGUGCGUCGGAAUGAUGUAUUGGUUUAUAUCAGUAAUUUAUAAAACAUCAUUUUUAAAUUAUAAGAAAAAACAUAGAUUUAAACAGAUUAAAAAGUACCAACUUUUUAAUCGAUUAAUUAUUGCAUCAAGGCGAGGGGAGGAGGAAUAAUAAAGGAGUAAUGAAUGAUUGAAUUUCAAAACGUAUUCGCGUCGAAAUUUUGUCACAAUAUAAAUCAAUACACUGUCGGUUAUAUAAAAUUCAAAGAUCCCAAGAAGUUUUGAAAAGAUCGCCGUGUAACAGAAAAGUAUAUGGCAACACAAUAUUAUUAUUAUUAUUAUUUUUUAUAGAAUAGGAAAACGAGCAUAUGGGCCACCUUAUGGUAAGUGGUCACCAAACGCCCUUAGACAUUGGCAUUGUAAGAAAUGUCAACCAUCGCUUAUAGCCAAUGCGCCACCUACCUUGGGAACUAAGAUUUUAUGUCCCUUGUGCCUGUGAUUACACUGGCUCACUCACCCUUCAAACCGGAACACAACAAUAUCAAGUAUUGCUGUUUUGCGGUAGAAUAUUUGAUGAGUGGGUGGUACCUACCCAGACGAGCUUGCACAAAGUCCUACCACCAGUAAAACUUGAUACGUAGAAACAUCGAUCAUCGCAUUCGAUGCAAUUAUAAAAAAAAAAUCGUAAACAAUUAAUCAAUUUAAAGCACUUUCAUUAAACGUAAUUUAUAGAGCUAUAAAAGCAAUUUCAAAAAGGUAAUAUUUUUUUUAUUUAUAACAUCAUAUCAUCGUUCCAUAUAUAUAAAAAAAAAUAUGUUUUUAUAAGGCAUAAAAAUGACUGCUCAAAAAAGUGAUUUUUGAAGUUCCUAAGACUUAAAUAGUAUUUUGCAGUUUUUUACGACAUCCAUGCAUUUCGCUUCUUCAAAUAAAACAUAAAAUCUCAAAACAAAUUAUAUAAUCUAUUUCAAUUUAAUAAACUUUCAAAAAAUUUUUAAUGAAAUAUAUAUAUAUUUAAUUCUUAUCUUUUUUUCCCUAUUAUUGCACUAAGGCUGCCUCUUAACUUUUUUAUCAAAAACGUGGACAAAGGUACAAACAAAACGUUUUUUUCAUACUUGCCAGUUCAAUAAUCCUAUAUGUACAUUUCAUAUUCAUUCAUCUAGGCUAAAUAAAAUGUAGAUUUAGGGUUCCGUCCGUCGAUAUUUUAUUAGACUUAAUAAGAUUGUCGUAUUCGUGCAAAUAUUAAUAGAUAUACGGACUUUUUUAAUUAUCUGUGGGCGAUAUUUACGAGGCUAGAAAGAAUAAUAAAAUGUAAGAAUCUUUAAUCUAUCAUUCUCCACAAAUUUAUUGAAUUUUUUACGUGAAGUUGUUUUUCGUAAUGGAACUGCUUUUAGGAUUGAUUUAGAAGUUUUAUGUACGCAAUACCUUUGCCUUUCCUAAUUAAAAAUAA